UAAAUCAGAAACAACUCUACUCUCUAUCCAUAAGUGGGUUCAAGACCUAAGGAACACACACAUUCAGCACCUGACCAGACCUGUAAUACAGCAGUUUAUAAACUCAGGAACAGUGUGGCAGCUCUUCAUUCAAUCACAGACACAAACAGGCAUGUACCACACACACACAUACACACACACAUACGCACUUGUAUAUUAUCCUCGGUGACACAUGUCAAUUAGCUUUUUGGCCUGAGUUUUAUGUAGAUAGAAUGAUUCUUGUUCAAGCAGACUGUUGGUUUCACUUUUGUAUUUCCUAUUUGUGAUGAUCUGAACAAAGUGAAACCAGUGAACGAGUGGAAAAGGAUAUGAGUAACUUUGAGAACCUUUGCAGAAUGAAGGUUUUGCUUGUUGUCACGGCUCUUGUGGCUCUGGCCAGUGCAGCCAGCGUCUCUCUGGAGGACUUGGAGUUUCGUGCCUGGAAACUGAAGUUUGGUAAGAUCUAUAUGUCUGUGGAGGAGGAGUCUCAGCGUAAGAAUACAUGGCUGGAAAAUCGCAAGCUGGUCCUGGUACACAACAUCCUCUCUGACCAGGGCAUUAAGAGUUACAGACUCGGAAUGAACUACUUUGCAGACAUGACUAACCAGGAGUACAGACAGUUUGUGUUCAAGGGCUGCCUGGGAUCCUUCAACAGGGCCAAGAGACACAGUGCAUCUACCUUCCUCCGACAGGCAGGAGGAGCUGUUAUGCCAGAUACUGUGGACUGGAGGGAAAAGGGCUAUGUGACUCCUGUUAAAAACCAGCAACAGUGUGGCUCUUGCUGGGCCUUCAGUGCGACAGGGGCACUGGAGGGUCAGGUAUUCAAGAAAACUGCAAAACUAGUGUCACUCAGUGAGCAGCAGCUGGUGGACUGCUCUCAAUCAUUUGGUAACGAGGGCUGUGAUGGUGGCUGGAUGAACUGGGCCUUUGAAUAUGUGAAAGAAAAUGGAGGACUGGACACUGAGGAUUCCUACCCCUAUGAGGCCGAGGACAUGCCUUGCAGAUAUAAUCCAGCCACUGUUGGAGCCAACUGCACUGGCUAUAAGGACAUAAAGAGUGGAGAUGAGAAAGCUCUACAGGAAGCUGUGGCCACCAUCGGACCCAUUUCUGUCGCCAUAGACGCAAGCCAGGUGUCUUUCAUGCUCUACGACUCAGGUGUCUAUUAUGAACCGUACUGUAGCAGCACUGAACUGGAUCAUGGUGUCCUGGCUGUUGGUUAUGGCACUGAUGAUGGACAGGAUUACUGGCUGGUCAAGAACAGCUGGGGUCUUGACUGGGGUGAUCAGGGCUACAUCAAGAUGUCAAGAAACAAGAAUAACCAGUGUGGCAUUGCCACAAAUGCCAGCUAUCCUCUGGUUUAAAGGUGUGAACAAUGCAAGAUAAUUAUGAAGUGGGAGAAAACAUCUUCAUGACUAAUUCAAAGAGGAUACUGCAGUCUGUACAAUAACAUCACGACUUGAAAAUCAACAGGAAGUUGUUCCAGGAAACACAACCUCAAAUCUUGACACAAACGCAGCACUUUCCUAAAACAGAAACCAAGUGUUUGUAGCUAAUCUUACUGUCCUUUUAAACAAGGUGUAAUUUCUAUGGGAUGGAGGAAAAUAUGGCAUAAAUGUAAAAAAAAUAAAUAAAUUUAACAAAAAAUUAUAUAUUUAUAAUAAUGUGGU